AUGUCAUCCCAAGCACUGCGUGGCGCCCAUCGCUUGACUAAGACCAAGCAUGUCUUUGCUCACCACAAUAUCCCCCUCGAGUGCGACGUCUACUCGGCCGAGGACUACCCGGCUACCUCACCCGUCUUCCUGUACUUCCACUCGGGGGGUCUAGUCACCGGCUCCAGAUCUUGCGUACCACCAUGGCUUGCACAAGUCUGCUUCAGAAACAAAUGGCCUCUGGUAAGCGCAAGCUAUCGUCUGCUCCCACAGGCGAAAGCUUCGGGCUUGCUUGAGGAUGCUCGAGCAGCAUACAAAUUCGCGCGACACUUAGGCGCGUCCAGCAAUGCUGUCCAACGAAAGGUCAUUGUCGGCGGAGGGAGCGCUGGGUUCUUUAUGGCCUCUCUGACCGCCCACCACCUCACACCGUCCCCCAUCGCACUGCUCUCAGUCACCGGUAUCACCACCUUCCGCCAUCGCUUCUUCAACUCUUCAGUCUUGCUCACGCCAGAGCCCAUCGCUGAAUCGCAAAUGUCGCACCAUCUUGCGGCAGCCGUCUCUGUGGGAACUACAUCGGCCAACAACCCCCAAGUCUUUUAUCUCGACAAGCUCUUACCUGACGGGACCAAGAACGCCAACUUCGAUGUCACCACGGUCCCUAUCACAGAAGAUGGGAACCCCGAUGAGUUUCCCCGCGGGUGUCUUUACGAUUACUAUGUGUAUAGGAACGAGUUCCCUGGGCUCGUCGGAGACAUUGACCCAGGAUAUGAAUGGGCUAAAGCAGCAAGUGCCAAAGACAAGGUCGCAGCUUGGCCACCGACGACCAUAAUUCAAGGCAACGCGGAUGAGGACGUCGAUCUUGCCGUCAGUACUCACAUGGUUGGAUGUCUGGGAGAAGACAAGGCCAAACUGUUUCUCGCCGAGGGCCAGCCGCACCGAUACGAAGCCACCAGGUUUCUCGAGGAUGACGUCGACGGGAUGGAUGCAGUAAGACAAGCCGUCUCGAACCUCGAGGCCGACGUUGCUCGUGUGGCCUAG